UAUUGGAUGUGGCAAACUUUACAGAUCGAGAAGAUGCCACAUUCAUGUUCAGCUUGGAGAUGUACUAACCGUUUUACGGUCGAAACCAGAUCGCACGGGAUUACCUUUCACAGGUUUCCCAAAGAUAAAGGGCUGAGAAAGCAGUGGGAAACAGUUCUCAGAAGGGAAGGGUUUUCUGCUACCCCGUCAUCAAUGCUCUGCAGUGAGCAUUUCAGACCAGAGGAUUUUGAUAGAACAGGUCAGACAGUCAGGAUCAGAGAUGGAUCAAUUCCUUCAGUCUUCUGUUUCCCAGCUCAUCUCCAACGGCCUGUGCCUACCAGGACCUCUCAAACCUCAAAGAAGGCACAAGAGACCCUGUCAGAGGACUGUUCACAGCUCGUAAAAGAGAACGAACCCCUGCCUGUGCCUAAUGUUGACCACUCCUAUACACUGCCUUCAUCACCUGACGUUCUGAGGGCCAGACUCAGCGAAGCCUUAGCUAGGGUGGAGAGUCUGGAAAGAGAGAAGAGGAAUGCCAAGGACAGAGAAAGGAGGGCAAAGAACACUGUUUGUGGUCUUCUGGAGGAUCUCAGGGCGAAGAAAGUUAUAAAUGAAGAGUUGAAAGAGCGGCUUGAUUUAUACUCAGGUAAAAUGUAAAUAUACAUUUGGAGACAAUUACAAUACAUCGGUUUGGUGCCUACGUGAAUCCUAAACAUAUAGGAGUAAUUAACGUUCAUAAUCAUCAGAAAACGUUACAUACGUUGUUUUUGGUAUCUAUUUGUUCCCCAAAUAUAUUACUGCGUGUGUGAAUGGAUAAAUGAGAGGCAUUAACUUACAGCACUUUAUAGAAAGGUGGUUUAUAAAGUUCACUCCAUUAACUUGUAUUAGUUCACGGGGCAGAUCUGCCACAUCCAAUAUGGCUGACGCACUGACGUAUCGCAGCAACGGGCCAACCCGCUCGAUGAGUGCCUGGUAUUAAAGGUGCAGUGUGUAGAAUUUAGUGGCAUUUAAAGGACUUGCAGAAAUGGAGUGUCAUAUAUUUUAUUAUGUUUUCAUCAGUGUGUAAUCCCCUGAAAAUAAAAAUGGUUGUGUUUUU